UUCCUCCUGACUGUGGCCUUUUCUGAGUCUUGCAUAUUUACCUCUUCUGUGUGUGUGGAAAAAUGUUAAAAAGGCUGUUGAAGAAAUCGAAGUCAAGUCUUUCCUUAAUGUGAGAAUAAAAUGGGGAAGUUCUAGAACCUUGAGAAUAACUUGGCGCGGCAGUCUUGUUUGCUACAGGAACUAAGACUAGUCUCAAGAAUUCACUUAAAGAAAAAGAAAGCCUAAAAUCAUGCCAUCUGAAACGGAAGAGUUUUUUCCUGGUAAAAAGCAAAUUAAUUUGUUAAAACACAAUGCGGCAAAGAAUUUUUCUACAGAUACUACUUUGGAAAAAGCACUGGGGAAUGAUCCUUUAAGUAUGAUGACUCAACCAGCAAUUUUAGAUGUCAAUCUCUCUUACAAACUAAAAAAUGUGAAAAUUGAUUUACCCAAGGUGGACAUUCCAAAUGAAGUAUUAAUGAAACAUGAAGUUGAUAGAUUUAGAAAACUCUUUCAGUGUAAACAGCAAACUGCGAGGAAGUCCUUAAGUCUAGAGAAAAUAAACGGAAGCAAUCCCAAUUGUUCAGAAGGAAGCCACUUGCAAAAUAAACCAGAAGUGCAAUUUGAAGAAGGGUUGAAAACUACAGCAAAGAUACUGAAUUUCACUUGUACGAAGUGCAAGGAUAACAUUAGAUACAGCCCAAAUGAUCUACAGAAGCAUUUUCAGCUGUUACACUAUGGCGAGUUGCCUUUGUAUCCUUGUGAGAUGUGUAACUUCUCAGCUAAUGACUUUCAGUCAUUUAAACAGCAUAGACGCACCCAUCGCAGCACUUUAGUAAAAUGUGAGCUCUGUAAUGAUGAGCAUAUGUACACUUUGUUGGAUUUGACAAAACACUUCACAUCAAAGCAUUGUGUAAAUGGUCACUUUCAAUGUGAAAAAUGCGGGUUUUCUACCCAGGAUGUGGGCACAUUUGUUCAGCACAUUCACAGACAUAAUGAGAUUCCAUACAAAUGUGGAAAAUGCCAUCACGUAAGCUUUACAACAGAGGAGUUCCAGAAACAUCAUCUUGUUCAUACCAGUAUGUUUCCUUUUGGUUGUCAAUAUUGUAGUUACAGAACACCGCGGAAAGAUUAUCUUUUAAAACACAUCAUAGCUUUGCAUAGAGACCACUUAUAUGCAAAAGAAAAACUGGAAAGGGAUCAAUGUGAAAAAAGAAUAGUGAAGACUCCAGCAGGACUGAAGCUUGUGUUAAGAAGGUAUAAAAUGGGAGCAUCGAAAAAAGCACUCUGGAGACGGAAAAAAAUAAGCGGUGGAAGUGACAGAACUGGAGAAGAACAUGCACAAGUGCUAAGAAGUGUAAAUAAAAUACAAACAAAAUCUGAGGAGCUGAACCAGUGUAUGAGAGACGUGGAAGCAAGUGAAGAAAAAAAUCAAAUUACAUAUACAGAAAAGCAUAAUGUCAUGGGUGGAAUGCUCUCUGCUACUACCGCACAAUACAAUAAAGCAGAUGAUGGAACAAGUUACAGCCUGGGAUUAUUGAAAAAUGCUGUUCAUGGGCCAACGGUAUUGAUGGUCAAAAACAAUAAAAUAUCUGUCCCAGCAAAUUACAGUGCUAAAUUUAUGGGUUUUAAAAUGGUAGAUGGAAACCAACAUAUUGUUAUAAAAUUAUUACCUACAAGUAAGCAAAACUUGCAUUCGUUGGGUCAGAAAGCUGAUCCUGUUAAGGAUGGUUCUACAACUCCUUUGCUACAGACUGCUGAUCCCUGUGGCAUGUCUUCAGGUGCUAUUCCACAUGUAGCUGAUCAGUUAACCUUAAAGAACAAUUGUGUUCACCCAUUAACCUCCCCUCCAUUUUCUUGCUCUGCUCCUCAUUCAGGAAAAACAAAAGUGGAAAAACAAAAUAACUCCUUAUUGUAUGGUAGGAGUGUAUCUCAAACUGUAGCACCUUCUAAUGUAGCUGUAGGAAAAAGUUUGAAUUAUUUGCCAAUGAAGUUGGGCUCAACUGUACCUCCAUGUGAUGAGGUGACAAAAGUUGGAACUCGAAGUAAUUUGUCGUGGGGAAGCUAUAGUCCUCCAAGUCAUCCUCAGGUAUUACCACCCACUAUUACAAAUACACUUCACUAUGACCCUAUGAAAAUGCCCUUCUUUCCUGAACUGAAAAUACAAAAUGGUGGCCUCAGUAAUAGUAAUGGAACUAAUAACCUCUAUUAUUCAACUUCAGUGGAUUCUUCUAAUGAAGGGUUGCUGUCUUUUCAUAACUAUUCCAAAAUGGACACUUCGGAUAAUCCAUGUAGCAUUUGGAUGUCAACAGAUGACAGAUAUAAAGAAUUUUUGUCUAGUAAAACAGUUCCUUUUCAAAACAAUAGAAGAACUGAAUCUGCAUCUUCGUAUUCGGAGUCGAUGAAAGGUGUAAAACCAGAGAGAGUGGUAUCAGCCCAAUCAAAUAUUAAUAAAACAUACGGACACGCAAACGCUAAGAAUAACUUUGUGUCUUCUAAAAGCCAAUCUAAAUGUAUUGUUGACAGCGAGUGUUUUAUGGAGGACCAGCAUAAUGGCCAGCAGUAUUUGAACGCCAACGUGUAUCCAGGGUUUGAGAAUGUAGCUGAGAAAUUCCAAGAAAAUGCCUCCGAUUGUGUUAACUCUGUCUUAAUGCCUAAAAUCACAUCUGUUUUCUCAUUGCAGAGUGAACAGGCAGCUAAUUAUUUAUCACCUGAAAUAAACCAGUUACUGCAAGAUGUGUUAAAAGUGAAAGCAACUACUCAGCAAGAAUCCCACAGCAAGUCAAAUAACUGUGUAAAACUUCAUUCUGACAAGCUGCUUUCUAGUCACGAGACAGGGAAUAAUGCCUUUACGCAUUUAAAAAGCUCGGCAACUGCAUGUGGUUUUCAGAGGCCUCCUACUAAUGUAGGCUUUCAUUUAUGUAAGAGAGAGUUGAACACAAGAUGUAGCACAAAUGAAGGCACGCAUUGUGGGCAAGACAGACAGUCACCCAGAACACCAUUGGAUUCACAGGGAAUGGAUAGAUUCUCCAGAACUCCAGGUGUUAAUACGUUGCUAAAAACUCAUAGAGAUGCAAUCGUAACGCAGCAGUUAGUAAAAGAUAAAAUACUUUCUACUACUCAAAACCCUAGUAGCUUUUCACCAGUUCUUCAGGAGCAGAAGAAAACCCUUUUAGUUCAGUCCCCUCCAUCAGGUUUUUUUGUUCCUUUGCACCUUGCUAACCAGCCCGGGCUACAGGUGGUUUCAGGAAAAUCUCUUCCGUCAACCAGUUCGCCAGAUGGGCAUGUGACUAAAGGUGUACCUGCAUCCUUUGUUUUAAAUAAAGGACCUGGAAUGAUUUUGACUUUUAGUGGGGCAAUUGGAACAGUUGCAAAUGUCCCUAGUGAUAGUUCUCAGGUUUUAGGGAGAGUUGCAUCCAGAGAAUGUGGUAAAAUAACCAUACCAGUGUCAAAGGUGGAGGGGAAGAAUGACGGUUUCGGAAGAGUAAGAAGUUCCUGUAAUAGGAGAGCAUGUAGUAUGGCAAAUGACUCCUUGAAUAGCAUGUCAUUCAAAGGACCUCUAGUAAUUACAAACUCAUCGGAGUCACCUGUGAAAGGAAUGUCUUCUGUGAAGGUGUUAUCAGAGCAUCAGGAUGCAGUCUUUGGUUCCUUGGAGUCAGUAAACCAACAAGAAAUUAAACAGAAACAUGUUUAUGCACUUUUGCCUGACGGACAGCAGGCAGUUUUUCUGAAAUGUAUGACACCAAACAAGCCUGUAGUUCAUAAACAUAGUGUUUUUCAGGAUAAUGCUCAUUAUCAAAAUUGUCCACCAAAGAAAACUGGAGCCAUGCAACAAAAGCUUUUGCUGAAAAUUAAGACUUCUACUUCAGAUACACUGGCUGAUACCACUCAGUCAGUAAGCAACUCAGUGCCCUCGCUACAGCUGGAUAACUUGCAGUCCCUUACUCCUGCACUAGCACAGAAACAAACUAAUCUUACUUCUAAUGAUGCCUUAAUCUUACCAGGUAGGUUAAUGCCAGCAAACGCCUCUUUGGCAAGCUCUAAUCCAGCAUGUUGUGUUCCUCCUGUAGAACCUGUUUAUUCUACUAAGACUGUAGGGACACGGUUGCAAAAAGGUUCUAUUGAGAGUACGCAAGUAAUAACUGCUAACAACAGGAAUAACUUUGGUAGUCAGAAGUCCACAUGGACCACUCGAAACAGAACCGCAAAAGUAAAACCUCGUUUAAAACAAACUCGGUCUAAAAGUUCAGAAACUGUGGGUGUGCAAAGAAACAGGAAUUUCAAACGGAAAAGUAAGGAUAAUUGCCCAGAACCUCCAAGAAAGAAAGUAAUAUUGCACAGAAAGUGUAAGGAAAAGAAUCGAGCUGAAGUUGUUAGAGAAUCAGGUGGUGCUUACAAACCGAGGGCGUCAAAAGAAACUGUGAGGACUUUGAAAUUACUUCCUUUUAAUUCUAAACAGCUUGUAAAAUGCCCUCGGAGAAAUCAACCGGUUGUUGUGCUUAACCAUCCUGAUGCAGAUGUUCCAGAAGUUGUAAAUGUAAUGAAAACCAUUGCUAAAUUUAAGGGACAUGUUCUUAAGGUUUCAUUGUCAAAAAGAACUAUUGAAGCGCUUCUGCAGCCAGCCUUCUGCAAUCCGUUGGACGUAACUACUGAUGAUCUUUCUCAAAAGAGGCACAGGACAAUAAAACCUAUUAGCCCUGUAAAAGAAAGAUUUGUCUUAAAAUUGACACUGAAAAAGACUAGCAAAAACAAUUAUCAGAUUGUGAAAACUACCUCUGAUAAUACCUUGAAGGCUAAGUUUAGCUGCUGGUUUUGUGGUAGAAUAUUUGACAAUCAGGAUAAUUGGGUAGGACAUGGACAGAGGCAUCUGAUGGAGGCUACUCGAGAUUGGAAUUCGUUAACGUAAUGAUGACCAGUGAAGAAAAUAAAAUUCAAAUAUCAUACAUGACAGUUUUUUAAAAAGAGAAUCAAUUGAAUUAGGAUACACACGCAAGUAAUUUUGUAUUUCAGUAUUGUAACUGAAGUUUAAAAAUUAUGCAAAGUGCUUGUAUUUUAAAAUGGAAGAGCAGAUUCUCUAUUGCCAUCAAGCUUUGAGACAGAUCGAGGAGCUUUGUGGUUUGGAUCACUUGUAACUAACUGCAAAUACAAUUCCAUAGAAAUAUAUAUUAUUUUUUGUUACUACUAUCAUGUCCUAUAUUUUUAUUCUAUAGAAGAGUCUUCAGGGCUUUUGUUCUGUACAUAUUUAAAAAAAACCUAAACAUGUAAAUAUUUUUAUACUUUUCAGUUAUUUGGUAUAAUUCUUGCACAGAAAUUAUCCCUCCCCUCAUUUUUCAGUUCUGUGCAUGCACUACUAAAACCAAUUUUUAAAAUUUUUUCAACUACACACAGCUGUUAUCCUGGGAUUUUUGUUGUUUUCACUUGUUAGCUCUUGAUUUUGUUUUUCAGGGAUUGAACACUAUUGUUAGCAAGUGCCUAAAAGAUGUGAAGCAGUUUACAUUAUGUCAACUGUGUAACCAUAGGUCCAGAUAGGGCCAUUUCCCCAAUAGUUUCAUUUAAACAAAGCCAUAUGUGAAUGCUUUAAGCUAUAUUGCUAUGCACAUGACACUUGUACUAUUUCUGUGCAGUUUGUCUACUUUCUUAGUGAAGUAUUUUUCAUAUAAAUUAAUAAAAAGUUACAAUUGUGUUAAUAAACGGUGAGCCUGAG